CAAUAACAUUCUCUACGUCAGCCCGAGCCCCCUUUGGCGGGUGCCUAUUAAUAUAAUCAAAACAACAAUGCAAACGAUUUAUUAAUAAUCCAAGUCGGGCGAGUCUGAGCUCAGAUCGCCGCCUUCGACCGGAGCUGUAGAUCAGUGAGCCGCAAGGCAUCGAAUAGAACGCACGGAGUCGGAAAGCAAGGUCUGGAAAUGAGUUUUAGCCUGCGUGUCUCGACGCCCGUCCGCCCCCUGGUGGACCUAGCCUUGAUGGGACUGCUCCUGGUUAUCGUAGAGAACUUUGCAAGGAUCUGGGGACCGCCAACUAGCAGAGGCUUUUUUUGCGAUGACCAGACCCUUAUGUACCCGUACAAUGAAAACACCAUCAGCUCCUCGCUACUGCACCUGCUAGGACUGUACCUGCCCCUGCUUAGCUUAUUCCUGGUUGAAAGCCUUCUUUGCCGAAGCAAAGGAGCCAGCAGUUGGAGUCACUAUUGGCCUGUGUACAACGUGGUCCGAUGGUUCCUAUACGGCUACGUGUUCAAUGACCUUCUCAAGAGCAUCGGAAAGCAAACGAUCGGCCGACUACGUCCGCACUUCUUUGCCGCGUGCAGGCCAGUAUUUCCAGAUGGCACCACCUGUGCGGAUGUGGGCCGACAAGGUGUAAGCGAGUACCAUGAGGACUACGUCUGCCAGCCCCAGAUUUCGGGUGCCAGCCAGGAGGUGCUUAAGGACAUGCUGGUGUCCUUCCCCAGCGGGCACUCUGCAAUGGCGUUCUACGGCCUGGUCUUUGUGGCGCUGCACAUCCGUAGGCGCCGCUGGCCGUUGGAAGGCUCCCUGCUAGGCCCCGUGAUACAGCUAGUCUGUGUCGCCGUGGCCUGGUUCGUCGCACUAAGCCGGGUCAUGGACUACAAGCACCACUGGUCGGAUGUUGCGGCCGGAUCUCUGCUGGGGGUUGUAGCUGCCUUCUUGGCUGUUCGCGCGGCAUCCAUAGAGGAAAGUCAAAGGAUGUCCCCGGAUGCACCUGCAACACUGGCGGGUCCGGCGGAAACGAAGAACUCGGAGGAGUCCCGGGCUUACCCGGUGCACCCUGACUUAGGUCUGGUCACUUGCCAGAGCUCUAAUUAGAUAGGUGUGGCGCCAGAGCCUCGCCUCAUGUAGCUUUAGGUUGACAAUAAAGUUAGACAUCGCAA